UCUCCAGGAGCAGCGCAAAUGGAAACAGAACAAGGAAAGUGUGGACAAUCUCAAUCUGAGACACCGAGAAUCAUGGAUGUCCGUAAAACGGACCGAAUCAAGAAUUAAGUUUGUUUUAUAUCCCAUUUUAAAUGUUUUUUACGUUGCGACCAAUGGAUGUCCCUUUGUGAAGUAGCUUUGAGUCAUUAGUUGAACUUUGUUCUUUGCUGAAGAUGAAUGCUCUGGUUGCUCUCUGUCACUUCUGUGAGCUCCACGGCCCUCGGACGUUGUUUUGCACCGAGGCACUGCACCCCCCAUACCCAUCCCCUUCAUUGCAGAUAAGUGCCCCGGUGCACGGGGACAGGGAAAGAGAUGGGGACCGCGAAGGCGAAGGGCUGACCAUGCGGGCCAACAGCUCGGCCACGCAGAGAGGAGAAAUGUGUGAGGGAUGUCGAUCUCUUCCUGCAUCUCACCCAGGAUUUGUGAGCAUCGAUGAUGAAACGGGCAUUCGCUUCCUGAGCCACCAGCAUCCCAGACAGUCCCAGCUGUUCAGUGUGGUCCGCCAAGCCUGCGUACGCAGCCUCAGCUGUGAGGUGUGUCCCGGCCGUGAAGGACCGAUUUUCUUUGGAGAUGAGCAAUAUGGUUUUGUGUUCUCACACACCUUUUUUAUCAAAGACAGCCUGGCCAGGGGCUUCCAGCGCUGGUACAGUAUUGUCAUGGUAGCAAUGGACAGGAUCUACCUCAUCAACUCCUGGCCUUUCCUGUUACGCCACCUUCGAGUCACGAUACAGAGCCUGCAAAGCACAGCCCUCAAGGUGUUUGACAAUGAACAAGGAGUUUGUCCCCAGCGAGCAGCCAGGAUGAACAGUGUCUUCUCGCCUGCAGUUUUCCCACACCAGAGAAGUGGCAACGCCGCCCGAUCACUGACUUCACUGACACAGCAUCCAAACCUGUGGUCCAGCCUGCACUCGUCCUUUAGCUGGCUGCUGAAGGCCUGUGGUUGUCGUCUGACGGAGAAGCUACUGGAGGGAGCCCCCACUGAGGACACACUGGUGCUCAUAGAGAGACAGACAGAGCAAGAGGAGGAGAUGAGUUGCUGGGAGGGAGCAGAAGGAGGCUGUUCAACAUCACAGCGGCACCAGUUAGAGCGUGAGCUGGGCCUCAACUUCCUGUGGGAUGAUGAAAAAUUCAAUCAAUUACCCGGCCCAAAAUUUAGGUCCCUGAGGCAUCUGAGACAGGUUCUCGGGAAUGCUGAGUUUCGUCAGCUGGUGUGGCAUGUGCUCAUGGGAAAUCAGGUCAUAUGGAGAGGCGCAGACCCCAGGCUCAUCCAAUCAGCUUUCAUGGUGCUCAAGUCUCUGCUCCCCGUCGGCUGUGUGCGCUCGGUGACAUACAGUGCUCAGUAUGAGGAGGCCUACAAAUGCAACUUUCUGGGUCUGAGCCCAGACGUGUCGAUUCCAACGCACGUCAGCUCCUCAGAGUUUUCAGUGCUGGUGGAUGUCAGUACAGAGAGAAGCUGUCAGAUUUCAGCCGUGGGUGGAGACGAUAUCUCCUCGCUUCAUCAGUUCACCAUCAGCAGUGCCAACACACAGCCCACAGACAGGGGUCCCUCAUUAUUGAACAAGCUGGAGGUGGCUCUGUCCAACGAGAACUUGUCUGUGGAUGUCGUGUCUCACUGCUUGUUGUGUCUGAAGGAAGAGUGGAUGAAUAAAGUUAAAGUGCUGUUCAAGUUCUCCAAAGUGGACGGGCGAGGGAGAGAGGACACCCAGAAAGUUCUGGCCCUCCUCGGCGCUACAGGGCCGGGCGAGGAGGACAACGUCCGGCUGCUCAAGUUCUGGAUGACUGGCCUCAGCAAAACAUACAAGAGUCAUUUAAUGACAGCCGUCCGCGGAGGGGAGAGGAGCCCCAGCCAAUAGAAAGAGAAGGCGAAAGAGGUAGAGGGGUGGAAAUAAAGGGAGAUAAUAAUGAGGGGAAUUCUAAUGAAGGGAAAGCGAAAGCAAGAAUGCUGUCAUUCACCAGUUUUGUGAACUGUUUGGGACUUUUAUUGGAAUGAAAGAGGAGUGUGAAGGGAGGACAGCAGUGCUUUGGCUCAUCCACUGUUUUCUUUAAGUCCCUAACCCUGAUUAUUCUCCUACACAGAUUAACACAUUUGGUCAGUUUAGAUAAAGUUUGUCAAAGGGAAUUAUUGGAGAAUAUUAAUAUGUUUAACUUAUUACAAACAUUUGCACAUUGUUGACUAUUUUUCUGAAGUUUUAAAAUAAAAACUUUUCUGAAUAUGUCA